UCCAGCCAGCCAUCUUAAAGAACAAGAGAAGAGCCGUGUUUGAGAAGAAGAGCAGAGCUGUAGGAGGAUUGGGAGAUUCUCCACCGACAGAUACAAAGCUUAGCCAGCCACCUGUGAUGCUGCACACGGGAAGAGCUGUAGAAGAAUUUGGUGCUGGCACCCCAAGGAAGGCAAAUCCUAUCCGCCCAGCCGUGUCCCUGUAUAAGGAAGAAGCUGUAGGAGGAUCUCAAUCUCCUGACCAGACAGACACAAAUCCUAGCCAGCCACCCAUGAUGCUGCACGAGGCUGGAGCAGUAGGAGGAUCGGGACAUUCUACUCCGACAAAUACAAGCCUCAGCCAGCCGUCUGUGCUCCAGAACACGACAGGAAGUGGAGCCGGAUGGGGGGGCACUACUGCAACAAAGACAGACCUCAGCCAGGUACCCGUGAUCCAGCACACGGAAGGAGCUGAGAAAGGAUUGGGUGAUGCUACCCUGACAGACACAGAUCUUAACCAGGCAGCCGUGAUCCAGCACACCGGAGGCGAUGGAGGACGUGUUGUUCGUGCCCGGAGAAACACAAACCUUCUCCAGCCAGCCACGCUGCAGCACGAAGGAGGAUCUGCAGGAGGACGGGGCGCUCCUGCAGCCGUUGUGCAGCCUCCUGCGCUCCCAAAGAGCUCCUCGGGUGGCAGCCGCGAUGCAGCAGGACUCUCUGGUGCCUGCGGUGUUGGAGCUGCAGGCAAGAAAGGCGCAGCGUCCUUGCAGAAAGCGAGCUCUGCAUUAAGCGGUGCAAACCCGGCUGGUGACUACAGAGAUGAACGGCAGAGACUUGUGGACUGGGUAGCAGAAGACAUGGCGACCUGGGAAUCUUCUGGACAGUGGAUGUUUUCAUGUUACUGUCCUGAGAAGGGCAAGCCUAAUGUUUCAGACUUUCCAGAGAUCUCCUUUGAGGAGCUGCACCUGGGGUAUUACAUCUGCAGAGCCAAGAAGGGCACAGGACUCUACAUAAACGCUGUCCAUCAGUAUGUGCAGCAAUGGAGAACCAGGCUGCAGGAGCUGAAGGUUUUAAACGCCUGGAGAACAGCAUCGAUGCUCCUUUGGAGAGAGAAAGCGGACACUGAACCAUUACUGUUUCUUGUACUGGGAGGACAGCAAGCCCCAAGCCCUGGGUUCCCAAGCUCUCCAGCCAACAGCCGCAGUCCUUCAGUUCCAUCGGCAGCCUCACUUCACGCUCCUGGAGCGGCCGCUGGCCGUGGACUGUGGGGCUUCCGGGCGCUGGGAGCUCGGCUGCUGCAAACCCUGCCCGCACCGCUGCGCUUGCUGUCGCUGCUCCCAAGGCAGCUGCAGAGACUUCUCAGCCGGGAGCAAGCAGCGCUUCGGCCGCACCGACAGCCGGUGCCUCUGGACACAGCGCCGCGUCCGCGCCUCUGCAUCCCCACGGCAUCAGAGCAGGCAGCUCUGCGCACCGAGGAGGGAACUGAGGGCCGGAGAGCUGGAGCAGCUAAGGGCCAAGAAGAUCAGGCAAGGAAAGAUCCCUGAGGCCAUGACCAGCGGACCUUUCUACGACAAGGACUGGAGUUAAUUCUGAACUUAUGAGCCUUAAUUCCAUAGCAUCUAAGUCUAUUUAGAAGCUCUGUGCCAUAAUUCCAUAGGAUCUAAGUCAAUUCUGAAGUU